AUGAACUCUCACGAUGAACAUGAACCACUGCUAAACGAAGAUGAAAUAGGAGACCAGCCACCUCCUAAGCGCAUCUCAAAGUUAAAUAAAAUUCUUUUGGCCGUUAUAAUUGGUCUUAUCAUCUUAUUAAGUGUUUCCGUAGGAUUAUUUGCGGGCGCAGAGGUAAACUACAAAAAAGCUCAAAAUGCUAAAGAAACUAUCACCGUCACGCAAUCUUACACUCCAAAACCUACACAAUCUCCAGGAUAUAACCUUUGUACAACUCAAUCUUGCGUAAAUGCUGCUUCUGAAAUUAUGGAUUCCAUCGAUGAUAGCGUCGACCCUUGCGAUUCAUUUUACGAGUACGCAAAUGGUGGAUGGCUUGAAACCCACCCAAUUCCACCAUCAAAAGGCGUUCGUAGUAUCUUUGAAGAUGUUGGUAACAAAAAUACUGAAAUCGUAAAAUCAAUAAUUCUAGCUAACGUUGGAACUGAGGAAUACUCACCUGCUGAUAAGGCUAACAUGAGAACUAUCAAGACGCUCUACGAUUCAUGCACUAACACAAAAGCUCAAGACAAGAAAGGCGCAGAACCACUCCUUCACCUUACAGACGAACUGAUUUCAAUUUUCAACAAAAGAUACAUCAAUCAAAAGGAGAGUCGUCAAUCCAUCCUCACGCAAGCUGCAGCGUACCUCCAAUCGAAGAACAUCGGCGCCUUGUUUUCAUUUUCACUUGAUGGUGACGUAGGCAAGGAUCCAAGCAAACAAGUUAUGUGGUUAUCACAAGAUGAUGCUUUGUCACUUCCUGAUAAGGAUUACUACGAGGAUGAAAAGAAUGUCAAGUUCAUCGCUGAAAUUACACAAGAAAUCUUGAAGGCUGUACACGAGAGGAAAGACAGCAAACACCACAAGAUCCCCAAGAAUUCUUACCGCAAACUCUCAAGGGAAAUUGCCAGAUUUGAGCAAUAUCUUGCAAGGAUUUCAUGGAACCAAGUUGAUUCAGCAAACCCUAUCAAGACGUACAAUCCAAAGAACUUGACUGAGCUCAGUGAAACUGCCCCAUACAUUGACUGGCCACAAUAUUUUGCUCUUUUGAACCACAACAGCGAGGUAGUUGAACCAGUCAUUGUCCAAAAUCCAGGCUACUUUGAGGCGCUUGACAAUGUUCUUAGUGUUGAUGAGAAGACCCUUGAAGGCUACUUCAUACUCAAGCUUGUACUUAAUCUUGGUUCGACACUUAGUCCAAAGACACACAUUGGCAAAACUGUCAACAGAUUCAACGCACUCAUAAGCGGUACUAAUCCAAAAGCUGAGAAAGACAUCGAGCUUGAUUGCUUGGAAGCAGUUGUCGACCAAGUCGGUUUCUUGGCUGGUAGGCCUUUCGUCUUGGAAGCAUUCCCAGGCGAAAGCAAGUCAAAGUUUGAAAACAUCGUUGACGGCAUUAUUGAUUCAUUCAUUCAUCGCUUACCAAAUCUCGGGUGGCUUGAUGACAAGACGGUCAAAGCAGCCACCAAUAAAGCAAACGUUAUACACAAGAACAAAAAAAUUGGAUACCCAACCUCACAUCCAAAUACUUUAGACCCUGAAGAUCUUGCUAAUUACUAUAGUAUCAAUAAUAUCCUUGAAGAUGACUGGUUUGGCAACACCCUUAGGUCACAGGAAGCAGAAGCUGUCAGGAUGUUCAACAAGGCAGGUAAAAAAGCAGAAGGUGAAUGGGAUAUGAUACCAACCGAAGUCAACGCCUACUAUCAACCAUCUAAGAACGAGAUCGUCUUCCCAGCUGGUAUCCUUCAACCACCAUUCUUCAAGGCUGAUUGGCCACAAGUGCUCAAUUAUGGAUCGGCAGGUAGUGUUGCAGCUCAUGAGCUUUGUCACGCAUUUGACCAUGUUGGUCGACAAUACGAAGCUGACGGUAGACUCAUUUUUGAUGGCUCAUGGUGGAGCAAUGAAACAGUACAAGCAUUCAUAGAACGCGCUGAAUGUAUUGUCAACCAAUACAACAACUUCACUAUGCCAGGACCAAGAGGACAAGAGCUUAAUGUCAAUGGUCGUUUCGUUGUAGGUGAAGCUAUUGGUGAUCUUGGAUUGGUUCAAGCAUAUAACGCAUGGAAGAAUGCAGAAGCGGAAGAAAAGUCACUGAGAUUGCCUGGUGUUGACUUCACGGAUGAACAACUCUUCUUCAUUUCCUUUGCUAGAGGAUGGGCUCGUAGUACUCGUUUAGAAGAAAAUCUUAAGCGUAUCAAGACCGACCCACACGCACCUCCUAAAUGGAGAGUCGACGGUACUCUUCGCAAUACACCAGAAUUCGCCAAAGCAUUUGGUUGUAAAAAGGGCAGUUUAAUGAACCCUCCAGACUCAGAACAAUGUCGCAUGUGGUAA